AUUUAUUACCGAAAUGGAAUCACACACAAAAAGAAGAUUGAAAACUCUGAUUGUGACUCUUCCUCACACCACUGCACUAUAUUCAAAAAAAUUCCCUUUUCUUAUUGUCCUUUACUUCUUCUGCACACUCCAUAACAAACCCACAUUUUUUACAUCCUAAAAAUUCAUUCUUUGUCUCCAAUUCUAUAACCCCUUUUGUCCAGAUUCCCCUUUUACCCUCUCUUUCCUCUUAAUUUUCCCAAUUUGUUCAAAAAUUUCACCUUUUCCAAAUUGGGUUUGUUCUGCAUGAUGAAUUAUUGCUAAUCAAAUAUUAAAAAUUAUUUUUUUGGUCAAUGAGGAAUUGUUUAUAAGUUAUAUAGAUUUUCAAUUGCUUGGUGAUGAAGAGAAGCUUUUGUUUUUAAAAGUGUUGCAUAGUAAAAAAUAUAAAAAAUUCUUGUUUUGUUCACUGUUUUAGUGGUGGUAACAGUUAUGGGUGGUGAGGGUAGAGUUGAAGUUGUGAGUGGCAAAGGGUGUUCGAGGCUGUUUUCGUCUUCAAUCAGAAAUCUUCAACCAUUGGACCAAAUGUCUCCUGUUUCAUCCUCUCCGCAAUUGCCAUCAAAUGCUCCUUUUGCUGGUCUUGUUAUAUGUGUUACUGGUUUAUCUAAAGAAGCAAGGAAUCAGGUCAUGGAGGCUACAGAGAGAUUAGGUGGCCAGUAUAGCCCCAAUCUGCAUCCUCAAUGUACUCAUUUGGUGGUUCAGAGUUUUGGUGGACGCAAAUUUGAGCAUGCGCUGAAGCAUGGAACAAAAAAUGGUCUCUUUGUUGUCACACUGGGUUGGUUUGUGGAUAGUGUCAGGAAAAAUGUAAGGUUGACCGAAUCACUUUAUAGUUUGAAGAGUUAUGGGGAUAACGAUAUGAAGUUGGAUGAUUUUAGACUGCUUCCCGGGUACACAAAUGCUGGAAAUUGUCUUCCUGCAAGAAUCCAUGAAAUCAAGCAUACUCAUCAUGCUGAAGAAUUUCGAAGAUUCUCUGGUGCAGAGUCUAACAGAAGUUUGGACUCAAGUUUGUCUGGUUGCUCCAUCUACGUUGAUCCAGGCAUUUCAUCCGAAUUGCAGAACAAGGUUGCUGAAACUGCAUCCAGAGAAGGUGCUAGUUUGGCAGACCAAUGGUUUGUUGGCUGUAAUGUUAGUCAUGUAGUCACUGAAGGGACAUCCAUUCAAAGAUAUCUUGGAUACUCUAGUAACCUCAUUACACCAGUGUGGAUUCUCAAAACAGCUAAGGAGAAACAAGUACAAAGGCUUGUUAGCAUGUCUGUUGAUUUGGCAAGACAAGUUGGCCUGAUGCUUGAUGACAUUUCAGGAAAGGAAAUAGUAAAGCAAAAAGUCCAUGAUGAUCUUCAGGGAAGUAAAAGUGAAAUUGGUUGCAAAGAAAGACAACAAAUUGUAAAUUCAGCGAAAAAUGGUGUCAGAAGUCGCCGUGGUCGUCGAAUGCAGACUUGUCAGACUCCGAUCCGUCCGAUUACACCCAAUAACCUUCUGGACUCUAUCUGUUGGUCAAUAUCGGAAGCAACUUCAACUGCUUCCAUUUACACAGACUCUUUCAGUGCUGAAGAUCCUAGUGAAAAUCAUACCUCAAUAUUUUUUGAUGCAAAAGGGGAUGGGAAGGAUUCAGAUGCUUCAUUUUCACACUCCACACGUCCUCUAACAGAAAGUGAGAAGUCCGAGUUGAUAUUUAAAAACCAUUUUCUCACCAUACUCUUCCCUGUGGACCGGUUUUCCGAGAUCGGCCCUUCCACAAGAACGUUGUUCAGCCAUAACGGUUUUACAUGUCUUCAGGUGUUGGAUCAUAUCCAUGCAUUUUAUCAGGAGAACAUGUCAAGCCUUGAAAUAGAUGUGGCGAUUCAUACAGAUUCAAGACAUGCGGACAGGCUUCGAUCAGUUUACUCAAGUAAGGAAACAGCGGAGCGUGGGUAUGUGAUGUUGAAACGAAUUGAAUUUUUGGGUAGUCGUACGAGUUUUGAAAUGUUGAAGCGCGUGAGUGGAGACAACAACUCCAAUGUGUAUGAGUUAUUACUUAGGGCAUAAGGUAAAUUAGAAGCUGAAAGUUACAAUAGCUAGUUACUGCUAGCAUCUGUAUUUUACAAGAAUUGUAUCUGUUACAUUAAGAUGCGUUGGUGGAAUAUGUCACUUGAGUAGGGUGUGCCCAAAAUGGGGACUGUGAAUACAAGAAAUGGGGAAUUGGCUAUAUGGAAAAAGAUAACUUACACUCAAAAGGUUAUCUAUAAAAAGAUAAGGGAAAUGUUAACUGGGGGCACUCUUUAAGAACCAUUAAUAGCAAGUUUUUCAUGAAAAACUGUGUAAUUAAUGCAUUGGAAUUUGUCACA